CGUAUCAAUUAAACAAAUGAUUAUAUAUUUGCGUUUUCUAAUCCGGAAAUCGCGAACACAACAAAAACAAACGUGGAUGCGGCAAGUGGAACUUUCACCUGCGCCGGCGCAGCGCGGCGACCGCUCGGUCGAUCAGUCGCGCUCUAGCCGGGCGAGUGAUCGCGGGUUGUGUUGUGUGUUCGUGAGUCGUGAGCGAUGCGCGCGCGAACAUGACGGAGGAGUCUCGCACCGAGCGGGGCGACGCGGCCGAGCCCGCGCCCGCCGCGGACUUCCCCACCAUAUCCGUGAAGUCCGAGGACUCCACCGAGCAGCUCAUCUGCAAGACGCCGCAGAAAUCCAAAGGACUGAGUGUCAGCUCCAAGAGCGCGGAGGCCGGCAGCUCGGGCGGGCGCCCCCGGCGGCGGCUGGUGGUGCUGGGCGCGGCACAGGCGCUGCUGGGCGCCGCACUGGUGUCGGGCGGCGCCCUGGGCGUGGUGAAGGGUGCCGCCCUGGCCCGCGUGGGCGCCGGCCUGUGGGCGGGCGGCGCCGCCCUGGCCGCGGGCGUGGUCGGGGUGCUAGCCGGCGUCCACGAGUGCUAUGGCCUCGACGGCUCCACCUCAGGGGGUCUGGCGACCGCCUUCCUGGCGCUGUCCCUGGUGAGCCUGGCCUGCGGGAACAGCGUGGCGGUGCUGGCUGCCACCGGCCUGCAGCGGGACGCGAGCCGGGAGCCCUCGCCGCUCCUCACCUUCCAGGACGAGAUGCAGGCUUGGACUCCGGUGCUCGCCAACAUCGCGCUGCUCAUCAUAUCCUCGGUGCACUGCAUCGUGUGCGUGGUCUCCAUCUACCACCUGUCGCGCAGGCUCUGCUCUUGCUUCCGCCCCAAGCAGUCCUAUGAGCACAACCAGUUCGACCCCGCCUUCAAAAACCAGCACUCGUGCGUGUUCCACGUGGACGAGGUGAAGAAGGCGCAGGAUGUGGAGCGGCUGAAGGGACACGAGCUCUGUAAGGAGCUGGAGGCCAAGCUGCAGGGAGAUACGAUGAGGAAGAAGAAGGAGCAGGAGUUCGGCAGCGCCAACAGCCGCGAGCACCUGGUGUCCCGCUGGCUCGGCCACACGGGCCCCGCGCCGCCCCGGACCGGCCCCAGAAAGACGCGCAAGCAUCCUGCACCCGCUGUGCUCCUGGUGCCGGCACAUCCUCACAGCACGCUGGGUCGUAUGCCGAUGAGCGUGGUGAUGCCCCCGCGUCCACUGCCGCGUCCCUACGCCACGCUACCGCUCCCGCCUCAGCCUCCUCCCAUCUACUACCCGCUACACGACCCGCGUGUCCGCCGCCGCCGCUCGCCCCGUGAAAAGCGCCGCGCCGGUCGUGUGCGGCCUCGCCGCGAGCGUGAGCGACAGCGGGAGCGGGACACUCAGCUCACCCGCUCGCUCGAGCGGAUCCACCGCAAGCGGCGAGCGGAGCGAGAGCGACUGUCGGAGGCGGAGCUCAAGAGGACGUACACCGGCCUCGAUAGAGCGUACGCCGAGCAGUUCAUCGCGGUGUGCGACGAGAGCCGCCACUACCACGAGCUGCUGGACUCACUGGCGACCACCACGACUCUCGCCACCACCGACUCCUGCGACUCGCACCACUCCCACUAGACUCUCACACGACAGAGAGCUCAAGUUGAAAACAUAUUCGCGAGAGCGUCCUCUUCAUCUCAGGCCCAGGUCAGACCCGACGACGGCGAAAGAAAGAAAGAGUAUGCGAAUGAAUAAAGAGAGAACUUUAUCAAGCUUUCGUUCACAUAGUCAGACAACACGAACGGGCUCCCCAGGAGGCGACUCUCGACCUCAAUGUUUGAACCUGUCCAAACUUUUUGUUUACAACUUACUUUUUUCUUCCACUUUGUUCUCUUGAGCGAUAGUCGGGUGAUGGAAUCGCGUGCUGUUAAUACACUUUAAUGAAUACUUAUAUUGUAUUCAAACUACUUAGUCAAAUACUGCUGUAGAUACUUCUAGCUUUAUUUCUAGCGUAAACAAUAUUUACUGCAAGCACACGUUGAAUCACCAUUAUAUUAAGAUAUAAGAUAAGUUAUUUUACUGACACUUCCCUUCUAUUAUGAUAUGUGUGAUAGAGACUGGAUAUUUUAUUGUUAUAGAUAUAAUUGGCACAAUGUUUUCGAUACGAACAUUAUUAAAACUAGGAGAGAUCGAAUUACAAGACCCAAUAGAGGCCGGUAUUCUAUCAAGACUCAAUCUUUAGUUGUAUUCCAUGCUUGUGUUCUACCAGAAUACCUACAUUGGAAGGACUUGCAUCUCACCACCAUGUGAAAUCGAAACCGUUAUGUCUUUUAUAAUUCAGUUAUGCAUAAGUAAGUAUAGGGCUAAAUCUAUGGAUUUUCUAGUUGUAAUAACUAGUAUAAAUAAAUCCCUUUUUCUGUCCCAUCCAAUUGUCAUAAAUUACAUUAGUUAUAACGAAGAAAAUACUCUACGAUAGAUAUUAUUUUGAAAUGUGUUAUUAAUACAUUUUAUUGGUUGUUAGUAGUUAUAUAGUAGGUAUGUGUAUUAUUUGUUGUUACUUUUUAUAUAUUCUAGUGUUGUAUGUGCAUCGCUCCAUAUUACUAAAACACAUUUCUAGAAGGACUUAGAUAUACUACACUGUUACUUGUAAGUAGGUAUCAACUAUAAAUUCCUGACUAAUGUUUGAUUUUGUUUUACUUGGCAAUGUUCCUUCUACAAAGGCGAUAGAGAGUUAAGUUAGUUUAAAGUUCAUAUUAAAAUUUUAUAUAGUAACAUUAGUUUUGGUUUGCUACCAAACGAGAUUCGAUUCUUGAUCUACCUUUUCUACCAAUGGUGAGCGACACUGUAGGUAACUUAUUGCAGGUUACUGUAUUGAUACCUUAUUAUCGUCAAAUAUCUGUGUUAUACUUUACUUUUUGUAGUAAAUUCGUUAAUUUUUUAAGUUUAUUUCUCAUGUAUAUUUCGUUGUAUAUUCUAUUCAUAGAUUACUUAUAUGUUUGUAGCUAUAAAUAGGUACCCAUGUUUCACUAUCGCUUAUAACGAGUUUUAGUAAGUUUACUUUUGGAAUAGAUCGGAAUCAAACGUGUUUCGUCUGUUUUGUUUGUAACACUCACGCCCUCUGUAUUAUUCAAGGCUGAAACUAUAUCUAUCUUAAAUAUACCGUGUUUACUGAGAAACUAGAUGAAAACUGCAAAAUUAAAAAAACAAAGUGAAUAUUCUCAAGACUUUUUUUUACUGAUUUUAAAGUAGAUAUAUUAGAUAGUAAGAUUGCAUAUUAUAUGUAAAUAUGUUGCUCAAUUUAUACUUAGGAUAGACUUAACUGUAAGUACUUACAUAAUUAUAAGAUAUCAAAGAGUACGAAACAAUGCCCCGCGGAUCCUCCUGUGGUAUGUUCUCGUAAGUAAGUACAUUGUUAAAAUACUCAGUGUGUUCAACGGAACACAAAGACAACGUCUAGUACGCCACAAUAGGAUCAAAGCUACAGUUAUUAGUAAUAAAUUUACUCAAACGUCUGAGCUGUUUCGUUUGUUUUGGAAGUUUUCGAAUGAUUGGUCAAUAUUUAAAAUGUAAACAUGAACUAAAAAUCAUCCCAAAAUCUGUUCACUAAAUAUAUUAUUGCAAAAAAAAAGAAUUCAAUCAAAUAUUUAUUCAUUCUUUAUCGUUUGUAGCAAUGUUUGUUGAUUUUACAGUAAUUUCUGACUUCCUUUUUAUUGAACCAGUCUUUUGAAAAUCGUGCGUAAUUUAACUCUAUUACCAGUAAAACGAAAUGUAAAUUAAAAAACUUUUAUUUUACAAUAAAUUUAUCAAUAAAUAAUCUACAAUACCAACUCAACUACAUAUCAAUUCACAACGAAAUAUCUUGUAAAUAUAUUUACAAUGCGACCUAACUGUAGUCGUGAUGCUUCACUUGAAAAUGUAAUAAAUUAUAAUAUUUAAA